AUCAUGUGAAGAGGGAAGCGACUCAUUUAGCUGACCGUCAGGCUAACUUGGGUGUUAGGCUACACUCUUGUAGUCAGUGGAUGGGGGGUCUUCCAUUCCAGAAGAUAUUUUUUUUUCACUUGGCGAACUGAUCGUCCGUUCAAAUCACCAAUUUAUGUAAAGCGGGAAAAUAAUAUCAGCCGUUUUUAUUGCCAAAAUACAUGUAAACCAAACCACAACGAAGAGAAAGAGAGAACAGAAAAUGGCGCCGAGGGUCUCGAAACGAAAGACGACGGAAGGGGAGGAGGAGCAAGCCAAGCCUCAUGUUGUAGAGGCUGUGAAAAGAGUUACUAGAAGCAUGACAAGUCAGCCGGUAACCAAAACUCAACCCAUCAAGGAGAAACCAAAAGCAGAAGCAAAGGCUAAGACGAAGUCCAGUCCCAAGAGUCGAAAAGAAUCUGUGGAGGAUGCUGCUAACACAGCCAAAGCUUCGCCUGAGGGUUUGACUUCUGCUGACGGUGGAUCCUCCAACAAGACUGUAGUAAUAGAACACUGCAAGCAAUGCAAUUCAUUCAAGACAAGGGCCUUUCAAGUCAAAGAUGGUUUGGAGAAAGGUGUUCCUGGCGUCAAAGUGUCGCUCAACCCUGAAAAGCCAAGAAGAGGAUGCUUUGAAAUACGAGAGGAACGCGGAGAGACGUUCAUCAGUCUGCUGGACAUGAAGAGACCAUUUAAACCGAUGAAGGAUCUCGACAUGGAGAAGGUGAUCUUGGACAUCGUCGAAAAGAUUAAAUGAAGAGACCGUGGUGUAUGAAGUUGGGCCUGUUGUAAUUGUUUUGCCUGAUUCAGUAACGUGUUGGUGAAAACAGAACAGCAUUUUGUCUGAUCUUCAUCUUAAUUUUGUUGACCAUUAAUGUAAUGCAUUGCUGCCUGAGUGAAUGAUGUUCUUAGACAUGGUUACAUUUGACAACAUUGGCAGGCUGUGCUUGUAGUCGUGGCCAAGCUACUUCAAGUCUCGCUUUUAUUAAAUGUGUCGUAGGCCAUGUUUGUGUGGAAG